AUGAAGCAGGUAUUUUUUCUCGAAGGGUUUCAAUGGUCCGAAAUUGAUGCACAUCAUGACGAUGAAAUUAUCAAAUUUCAGAUACGCUGUUUCGGUGCUAGCUUCGAGAUUCAAUAUAAAUUUCAUAAUCUAUCUCCUUCACCAAAUCUCUUAGAACAGUUUCGUAGCUCUCUUGCUAUUAUGAGAGCAUACGAGACUGGAGAUAAUCUAGAUGCCGAAAGAGCUUCCGAAGAGAUUCUUUGCCUUAAGAAACCAUUCGAGAAGAUUAUGAUUGAACUGGCUCCAACAAGCUCACCAUCUUUAUCUCAUCAUUUAUCCGAUUAUCUCUAUUCACCUCUUCUUAUGCUUGAAGCCAUAGCAACAACCCGAGAUAGCAUUAUCAUUGAACCACAUUUCAAAGGGCAAUUGCCACGACAAAUAAGAUUUCCUGCAGGUCAAUAUAUACCUACGUCAGCGGAUUGGCUGGAUUUAGUGAAAUCCUCGACUUCACAACAAAUACGGCUUCCAAUAUCAUCAAAUCUGGAACAGCAUCCGUGUGUCCGAGGUCCAACUAAGGUUAUUGCUGAGGAUGGGGCAAUUUGUUACUACAAGGAAUUGCCCCAGUGGUUAUCACCUCUAUCGACAGUAACAGAGGCAAAACCAUGGAUACAUACACAGAUUCCAGCUGCCAUCGAAGCAAAGAAGCUUCACUCCGAUAUACACAUCUGUCGCUUGCAUAGUGUGAUUAUUGAUGAUGAUCGUAAAGUCUUGCAGCACUGGGUUCGUGCUACAGAAAAGGAUCUAAUUGAUAUUUGGGAAAACGAUGGCUCAGAUGAUUGGACACUCUAG